CAGGCGGGAACCCAAAACACCCCAUCCAGAGAUAGGAAUUUCCUGCUAGAGAGGGGGAAUAUCCUAGUCUCUUGUCAGCUUUAGGGACGUAUCCCAAAGGGAAGGAUGUAGGUAGCCUGGUACUUAUUAGGCCUAAGUCUUAAGCUCUUUUUCCUGUGAACCCUCUGCUGGCUGUAUGUUCUGUUUCCAGGAUUGCCCUACUCUUGGGGGGUCAAGCUUGACCCCCAACACCCAGGAAACACACCUGCCUUCGCUCUCAGUCAGCUCCAGUCGUGACCUCGGACGGAUGUCCCACCAGCCAGAGCCUUCCAACUUAGGCCUAACGAGGCGUUACUGGUGCGCCCAGAGCCCCAGACCUGAGACAAAGCCGAUGCUGCAUUUCUACCAAUGUCCACUGAUCAUGGCAUCCAGGAGUUUGUAAUGCCACUGUAUUUCAUCUUAGUUUUGGCAUUAAUUCGUUUAGCUAUCCCAGACACAACAUUUGACCCAAUAGAGACUCCACAUGGUGAAGCAACAGUAAAGAGCAGCAUUUAUAGUCUGGAAGAUCAAACACUACAUGUCACCCCAAGUAAUACAAAGGUUAAAAAAGUGAUAGAUACUGUUAAAAAACUGGCAGAAGAAAACCAAAUUGUGUUGAAGAGUGCAUUUUAUGAGACAGAGGAAGACAUUUUAGAGCAAUUCAAGGAAAAUAAGUCUGUCAUGCAGUUUGCUGUUAUAUUUAGUGAGGACCAGUCUGCAGAUAUGAAUUACACAAUACGCUUAAAUCCCUUGCGGUAUUUGGUGGCACCUUCUCAAAGGUAUGGUGCUGGCAAGGAUUGCAGGGAAACUGAGGGUCUUAGUUCCUAUAAAUGUCCUGCAAAUUCUUAUUUUACCUCAAGCUUUGCUGUUAUUCAGAGUCUAAUCGACACUGCUUUGAUUCAGAUGACUACAAAAAGGAUCAUGACAUUGCCAAAUGUCACUUUACAGCUGUAUCCAAAAGAUGCGUUCACGUCAGACGGAACCUUUGUGCUGCGGAGUAUUGUCCCUUUGUACAUGGUUUUUGCAUGGGCACAGUUUAUUGUGUAUAUGAUGAUGCUUGUUGUUGAAGAGAAAGAGAAAAGAAUUAAAGAAGGCAUGAAAAUGAUGGGCUUGAGGGAUUCUGUCUAUUGGUUGUCGUGGUUUACGAUAUACGGGGGCUACGUGAUCCUCUUAUCUGUGAUAUGCAUAAUUAUCCUUCCUCUUGCUAGGGUCUUUGUACAUGUCAACAUGUUCCUCCUGUUUUUGCUCUUCCUUUUGUAUGGCUGCUCCUCCAUUGUGUUUGCUCUGAUGUUGACACCGUUUUUUAAUAAGGCAAAGGUAGCUGGAGUUGUUGGUAAUUUGACUCAGGUCGCAUUCAGCUUGCUGUAUUAUCUUCAAGUCUAUUUGGGUGACAAAAUAAGUCCUGGAGCCUUUUGGGCAUUGGGCCUCUUUUCUCCUUGUGCUUUCUCAAUGGCAAUUGACAAGGUGCUCUUUUUUGAUUUCUAUGGCGGCCUUAAUUUUGAUCGUCUUUGGGAAGGUGAAGGCCUUCCAUUUGCUGGCAGUCUUAUUAUGAUAUCAGUCGACAUCUUUAUGUACUUGUCACUUGCCUAUUACCUAGAUAAUGUUGUGCCAAGUGAGUAUGGUACUAAAAGGAAGCCAUGGUUCAUAUUCCAAAAGUCAUUUUGGAUUCAGCCAGACAAGGGUAUGAAGUUUAGCAAGUUACUGUCUGGAGAGAACAAUGGUUUUGAAGAUGAUGCGAUCCCUGAGUCUCCAGACCUUGAACCUGUAUCUGCUGAACUUCAAGGAAAGGCUGCUGUUCGAAUUCGUCACUUGAAGAAGGUGUUUCAGCCUCGUGGGAAGAAGCCAGUUACUGCUGUUGAUGGUAUCAGCUUAGACAUAUAUGAAAGCCAGAUAACUGCUAUUUUGGGGCACAAUGGCGCAGGAAAGACUACAUUAUUCAAUAUCCUAACUGGUAUGUUAGCACCGACAUCAGGAACAGCCACAGUGUUUGGUUUGGAUAUUAGUGAUGCUAAUGACCUAACGGAUAUUCGUCGUGUUACUGGUGUGUGUCCACAGCAUGACAUAAUCUUCAUGACACUAACUCCUCGUGAACAUCUGAGCUUCUUUGCACGAGUUAGGGGAAUCCCAUCAAACAGAAUUGCAACUGAAGUUGAGAAUACUCUCAAGGAAGUUGAUCUUACUUCUAAAGCAGAUACAAAAGGAGCAGAUUUGUCAGGAGGACAGAAGAGGAAACUCUCCAUUGGAAUAGCUUUGAUUGGAGAUCCAAGGAUUAUUUUCUUGGAUGAACCUACUGCUGGAGUAGAUGCUUAUUCCAGAAGACGAUUAUGGGCACUCCUGAAGAACCGGAAACAAGGAAAGGUAAUCUUGCUAACAACUCAUUUCAUGGAUGAGGCAGACAUUCUUGCUGACCGAAAGGCAAUAAUCUCUAGAGGCAGACUUCGCUGUUGUGGUUCAUCCCUCUUUCUCAAAAAUAAAUUUGGUCUUGGAUACCACCUGACUCUAGUAGUUGAUGAUGAAAUUGAAGAGAGUUCAGUCACCAGAGCACUGCAGAAUAUCAUAAAGGAAGCUCAACUGGCUCGACAUUAUGGUAAAGAGAUGUCUUUUAUCUUACCCUCUGAUUCUGUUAGUGCCUUUCCCGAUUUGUUUUCUCUUCUUGACCAACACAUAAAGAAAGAAGUGGAAUCUGUUGGUAUUGAGGGCUACGGCAUAUCAAUGACUACUCUUGAGGAGGUGUUUCUUACUUUAAGUGGAGAGAAUGAGAUAGAAGGUGCUGAACUGCAGUCUGUUGAGAACAUUGGUCAACAAAUAAUUAAAGAAAAAACUUCUGCGUCUUCAUCACCUGUUCAUCAUUCAUCCCCAGAGGUACUUAUAAGAAAUGGGGCUUCAACUAACAAUGCAACUGAGGGAUUUGCAAUAGAAACUGUGGAAGUAAGACCACAGAAAUGGCGUACUUUCAAGGCACUGCUGCAUGUUCGAACAUUGAAUACACUCAGAGAACCAGCAGCAGUGUUCUUUUUGGUGUUCCUGCCCUUGGUUUUUACUUGCCUUUCAAUUUACAUAACAAGUUUGCAAGAGAUUGUGGUACCAAUGCAAGACAUUCUACCACUUUCCACAGAUUUGUAUGGUGAUAAUAGUGGUGGAUUGCUGUACAAUAACACGGAUCAUGAGCUGAAUUCUGUAGAGUUAACACUGAGUAAUGCAAACAUAAGUGUCAGAUCCUAUAAUGGGAAUUAUGAAGACAUAUUUAAUGACAGACCUUCUUGGACUUCUUGGAACAUCAACAACUUUUCAUGGAAUGAAUUGGAAACUUCUGUAAACUUGACUAUAGGAUUUAAUGACACGUAUGUACAUUCCAUUCCAAUUCUACUGAAUCUUCUUAGCAACUCUAUUUUGAAUUCUGCAGGAGUCAACAAAUCCAUCAGCUUGGCAUCUCAGCUGCUGCCAAUAUUUGAAACAUCAGCCUCAUUUGAUUUGGCCUCUUUCUUUGCACCCAUGAUGAUUGGCUUCACUUUUACUAUGAUGCCAGCUGGGCUUGGCAUUGAGUUGGUCCAGGACCGAGAGACAAAGAUCCGUGAUCUGCUACGAUUAAAUGGUGUUGGUUUCCACAUGUAUUUUCUCUCGGUGUUGUGUGUGAUGAUCGUAAUGUAUGCCAUAAACUACAUUGGGCUUCUGAUAAUCGUAGCUGCAUUCAAUCUUUCUUCGCUGACAGUUCCAGCUGCAUUUACUGCAAUUGCUGUGCUAUACUUACUAUACAUGCCCUGUGCUCUUUUGUAUUCUGCUGUCUUUUGCUACAUUUUUGACAAAAGUGAAACGGCCCGACAGUUCUACCCCAGCAUAGCCACAACAAUCGGUUUUAUUGGUUAUACUGCUGUGUCUGUUGUUGACAUGAAAAUUGGUGGCUUCUCAGAUGAAGAAAAUCCAGCUUUUUACACACACAUUGCACUGACAAUCUUAAUACCUCAUUAUAUACCUUUUGGCAUUUUGUAUUAUGUAAACAGGGUAUAUUUGCUUUGUUCAGCAAGUCUUACCUGCACUGUUCCUGAAGCUAGUGCCUACCUAAGCCCAGAAAUCAUCAUCAUGUUUAUUAUGGUCUUGAUUGAUAUUCCUGUGUAUUACUUCUUGUUGAGGUUAGCAGAUGCUGUCAAGCAGGGAGGAAAUUGGAAGGAAGCCUUUUGGAUGAAGGGGUCACCAAGGAAGGUUCCAGAUAAGGAGUUGGGUAUUGAUGCACCCGUUGGUGAAGAUGAUGACGUGUGUUCAGAACGAGCAUUGGUGUCCGAAGCCUUACUUAGAAAUGGAGAAGUUCCUCCUGUUCUUAUCUAUGAUUUGGGUAAAAUAUAUACAAAAGGAAAACAGAAGAAUCCUUGCAAACGUUCAAAUGGAGAAGAAACUAGUUUUGUUGCACUGAAGAGUGUUUCUUUAGAAGUUAAGUCAGGACAGGUGUUUGGCUUACUUGGCCCUAAUGGUGCAGGAAAAACUACAACCCUAAGCAUAAUGACAGCACAAGAGAGUCCCUCCAAAGGCCAAGUACAAAUCUGUGGGACAGAUGUUACUUCCAGUCUAUCUGAAGUGUUUAAUGAUCUUGGAUACUGCCCCCAACAUGAUUCAUUGUGGAAAAAUAUAACAGUUGCAGAACAUAUAGCAUGUUUUGCAUCUGUUCGAGGAGUGAAAGAGGACCAAGUAAAGCCGUUAACUGAACUGUACCUGAAAGGCCUGGAGAUAAUGGAACACAAAAAGAAGAAAAGUAAAAAUUGUUCAGGAGGAACUAAACGCAAGCUCAGUUACAUUUUAAGCAUGAUUGGUAAACCACAGGUGGUUCUUUUGGAUGAGCCAUCAACUGGAAUGGAUCCACAAUCGAAACGCUUCUUGUGGAACUCCAUUCUUGCUUCUUUUAAGGGCCAGAGAAGUGCAAUUCUAACGACCCAUUCCAUGGAGGAGGCAGAUGCUUUGUGUUCAAGAAUUGGCAUCCUUGUUCGUGGUGGUCUCAGAUGCAUUGGUGCUAUCCAACACUUGAAGAACAAAUAUGGAGGUGGUUAUAGUUUAGAGCUCAAAUUGAACACUCGUACAUCUUUGAGAGUGAGUGAAAUUGGUGGUGUUUCUGAGAGUCCAGAACAAGGAGAUGGAGUGGAACGUAGGAAAGAUGAGAUGAGCCACAUGGUUACUGAAGCUUUCCCAAAUGCAGUUAUUGAUGAGCAGUUUGAUGAGCGCAUUGUCUACAAGAUUCCUCAAGAUGACGUCACAAGUUUAGCAGGAUGCUUCUCAAUGUUAGAGGAAGCAAAGAGAAGGAACUUGUUACUGGAGUAUGCCUUAAGCCAGACAACCUUAGAGCAGGUAUUUCUGAAGUUUGCUCGGGAGCAAGAGGAAGAUGACAGUCCUUGUGGCGAGUAAAUUUAUAAUUUCAAAAGCUCCUUGUAACAUGACACAGUAUGUAGUUUCAUAUUCUAUUUAUUUAAAUAUAAAAGAUCCUUGUAAUAUGAUGCACUAGUUAGUUGAACAUUUUAUGUACAAUGUUAAUAUUUUAUAUGAGAAUAGUUUGUGAGUUUUUUAUGAGCUUUAUUACUGUACUUAAAUUUACAUUCCAUUUAUACUUUUGUGUGUGAAACACUUGUAAAGUAUUUCCUUGAAGCAGUCAUUGAUUUUGAGCUAGAAUUUAGUUUUUUGUACAAAUUAUUACGUACUUACCAAAUGGCUGUACAGGCAGUCCCUGGUUAUUGGCGGGGGUUCUGUUCCCGUACCAGUGCCAAUCUGAGGCUGUGCUCCGCCGACAAGAGAGGAUCAGCGCAUAUUGGCACCGAAAAUUCAGUUACCAUUGACGCUAGACAAGCACAAUAAAACCGGAUCACUGAUAACCAAGACCGCCGAUAACCAGAGACUGCUGGUAUAUACCGGAACAUGCUGCAAUACUUUGUUUUCAGAAACAUUUAUAGUCUUAUUAUCAUAAAAUUAUUUUUUUCAAUAUUCAUAAACUGUCAUAAAGGAGUUGCAUAGCAAGGUAACGUUUCAGUUUAGGUGUUUAACUCCAUACACGUAUUGCAAAGGAUAUACGUGUAGUAAGCACCAAGUUUCUAAAAAUUGGAAUGGAGACCUUGAUUUCAAUGGUAUUAACAUGUGUAAAUAAUGGCUGAGGGUGAAUUCUCUUGUUCUAUAAUUAUUACAGUACAGGUAUACCUCACAUAACAUGUAAUGUGUUUCAAAACAUGCACAUCAAGUAGAAAAACAACUUAAACUUUAAGCGCCUUACAAAGGAUCUAUACCCCUAUAAGCACCCUGCAGCAUCAUCAGUAGUUGCUGUCAAAAAAAUAUAAAAAAAAUCCAUACUGUCUAUGUAAUAAAAAUACAAUAGAUAUACAUUUUCCUUCAUAUUUAUGUAAAGAACACCCAAAUCAAUCCUAAGCACCCUAUAACAACCAAUAACGAUGCAAGCGACUUUUGUUUUUCUUAUUAUGUAAGAAAAAUUGCCAGAAAGUUGAAAACUACAGAACUGGAAACAACUUAAGGUAACUGGAAACGACAUAAGGCAAGGUAUGACCAAAUAAGUUUCCCAAACUUUGCCCCUAAAACAAAUUCAAGGUGGACAAGCUAGUGAGUGAUUUGUCAUUACAGUAUGUUUGGCUUCAUGUGGUUGCCUUGGAAAAAGAAAAAAAUCACUUUGAUUUUUCCAGCAGUUAUGGCAAAUUUCACUAAGAGUGUGGAAAGGAAGAUGGAAGAAAAGGAAUAUGAAUGGAGGUACAGUAAAAGAAAGGAAAGGUUGCAGCUAGGGGCCAAGGGGAUGCUGUAAAAAAACCUUAAGUAAUGCCUACAGUGCACUGCACAAGGUGUGCUGAUGGCACUACUCCCCUAUAGGGGUAUACGUACAGUAAUUUUUCAUAAAUUAUGAUUGCCAUUUAGAUAUCUUUGAGUUUUUUAUUAAAAUAUUUUAAACUGAAGUGAAAUUAUCAGAUUUACAAACACUGUUACUACAGUCUUCCUUUUAAGAAGUGUUAAUUGAACAAGGGCUGGAUCACCUGGACCUUUAUGCAUUUAAUUAUUAUUUAGGUUGUUUGAUUUGCUGAGGUUGUGAAUAAGGUUUUACUUUAAGGUGAACUGACUUCAGCAUUUUAAAAAAAAAUUUGAAUUGAGUUCAACAUUUCUGUUUAAGCACAAAACUUUUAAAUUAUGCAAGACUAAAAAUAUAUAUUUUUUAUAAUUUUAAGAUAUUUUAAAAAUUAUGUAGUUUGUUAGUAUACAGGAUAUGUGUAUAGUAGCUGAAAUUUGAAAAUUAACUAGCUAGAGAUUUGUGGUUGGAAUUUAUAAAUUUACUUGUCAGUUAAAACAAAGUAAAUUAUAUUUUUGAUAACCUCUAUAUUCUUACUUGGCCUUAGCAUAAUCAGUUGGCAUAGAGAGCAUUUUUCAAGAGUGAUUAAAACACCAAUUUAUACUGGUACUGGUGUUUGAUUAUUUUUGUAAAUUGUCUGGAAUUGAGACAAGGUGUGAUAAUUAAACAGAUGUAAGGAAUGGAAAUUAAGUGCAAUGAAUUUUGUCACUGCAUAAUAACAGUGAAUGGUAUGCCUGUACAUAUUACUUUUUAAGUGGUAAUUUUUUUUUAGAUUUAUGAUAUUAGUGUUUACAUUGAUGGUAAUAGAAAAAUUUUUUAUUCAUGGGUUAAAGAUUACAUUUAUCCAGUAAAAUAAGCUUACCCAAAGGUCUUAUUAGUACAUGAGUCAAAAAUUGUAUUUACUUAGUAAAGGAAGUUGACAUAAAGGGUAUACUGUAUAUGUAAUUUUUUUAAAUGUGAUUUCAAGUAUACUUACAGGGUUAUAAAAACAAACAAUAUUAUAAGUAUACCAUUAAGCCAUAUUUUUUGACAUGAUUAAGGGCAUUCUUACAUUUAAGUAUGAUAUAUACUCACCGGGUAUCCUGACUAUUGUGAAGUGUCAGGAGUAGGUGACUGUUCUUGAUUGGUCAUGAUUAAAAUUGUUUUUCUACAACUUGAGCCAUCACAUCAACAAAAUACCACUGAUUAUUUUUAUGAAAAACACAAAAAUGUGAUACAAAAAUUUAGUGAUAUUAUAAGAGUAAUCUAGUCAAAAGGGCAUUCUGUGUACAGUAGAUUGUGUUCAUUAGUUUCAAAUGAUUUUUAAUAAACAUUUUCAAUGGGCUAGCAUGUUAGCCCAGAUUUUUUAAUAGUUUUGUUAAACUAAUCAUUGUACACUUAAAUGUAAUAAAUGAUUACUUGUCACACAUAAAUAAUUAUUUUUUCAG